AUGAGCAUAACAGGAUUCUUCUUCUUACUACUUCUCGUACCAUCUGCGUGGUUUGGGGAAUACAAGUUAGGAUACCUGACUGGAAACAGGAUAUCCAAUUUUCAGUUUCAAAGAAAUGCCGCAUCACCCUUUGUGGCGGUGGAAAAGGUCAUCCAGCAAGGCCUCCUCAAAGGGAAUACCAUAAAAAUCAUCUACAGAGAUGACAAGUUUGACCGCCGUCUGUCGAUGGGGUAUGCCAUGGAGCUGUAUGAGAACCCCGGGGUGGACGGCUUUAUUGGGGUUGGCUCUUCCGUGGACGUCCUGACACAUAGCGAUGAUGGAAGUAUUGGACAGGGAGCCAUCUCAACUGGUCACCGACAGUCCCCGACAGACUUCCUGACAUACAAUGAUGGGCUCUUAAACUCUUCUUCUUUGCCAAUUUGCCUAGUUCUCUCCCAGACCGGCUAUCUCAUGGCUUACUGGAACUUGCCGGUCCUUAGCCAAGCGGCCACAGAUCCCGCUCUGCAGGACAAGUCCAUCUACAAAACAUUGAUCCGCUUGGUACCACCCUUCAACAAGGCAGGGAAUGUGAUGACGGAACUGGCUCAGUACUACAAGUGGAAACGGGUGAUGAUUAUCUCUAGGGAGACAGGGCUGUGUAGCUACUCCUCCCAGUCCAUCUUCUCUCAUCUAUCCCGCAUGGAGGUCAUCAUACCAGCCUGGAUCACCUUCCCGGAACCCUUCAGCGAUAUCAAAGAGGAAACCAUGGACGACAUUCUGAAUACUAUCCUGUACAAAAGCAGAAUUGUUGUUUUCUGCGGAAGUGCAGCAGAAAAAGAAUUCUUCUUGGUAAAACUCCAUCAAGCAAACCUAACGACCCCAGAUUAUGUGUAUAUUUUCCCGCCCUACCGCCCCCUGGACUUGCCGAUAGAACCAUGGACAGAUAACUCGAAUCCAAAUAAAGAUAUUCUGCUCGAAGCUAGCCGAGCCGUCUUGCAGUUUUCGUUAUUUUCGCUGGAUGAAGAGGAAGUUGAAGCUUUCAAAGACGCCCACGUGAUUAAAAUGGCAGAAUACUGGAACUACAACAUGACAGCGGAAAAUAAGGUGACGUCAAAUUACGCCACGUUUCUGCACGACUCGACGUACCUGUACGCGCUGACGCUGAACAAGACACUAGAGGCGGGACAGGACCCUAGGAACGGAACGCUAUUUGUGGAGACGGCUAAGAAAAUGGUCUUCAAAGGUGUUUCUGGGUUAGUGGCUUUUGACGAGAAUGGUGACCGACAGCCCACCUGUUCUCUGUAUUACGUGAAGCCUGACGGUAAUAAAUUUGUUCUGUGGGCAGAGGCCAUCCUCAGUAACCCACCUGGACAGCGGAUGGAAAUCAAAGAGGACAUUAUCUGGCGGACUGAGGAUGGCUCUGUACCACGUGACACCCCGGAGUGUGGAUUUACUGGGGAACUCUGCAUUGAACCGGAAGCUGACACUAAAAUUCUGAUCCUGACGGUGGUGUUCGUGGUAUUACUGGCGAUUCUGGGAAUUAUCUGUAUCGUCUUGUACAUAAGGAAAAUAAUCAUGAAUCAGAACAUAAGACAGCUCUUAUGGCGGGUGAAUUUCUCUGACAUCUCAUUUGUGGACAUGAACAAGUUUCAGAGAAGCCUGGCUAGUCUGAGAUUUGGAAUGACUGGAUCAUCAAGUCGCCUGUCUCGUCGAGGGUCCAGCGUAGGCGGUUCAACCUCACUCACAUCAACACUGGAUAACUUUGAAAGCGGUCAAAUCUUCACCAAGGUGGCCCUCUACAAAGGCCGGCUUUCUUCGGUAAAAUUUGUACACGCCGUGAAUCUUCGAUCCAGGGAACAGGAUGAGCUGAGCGUUAUGUGUCAGCUGAAGCACGAUAAUGUGAACCCUUUUAUUGGGGCCUGUGUGGACCCCAAGAACCCCUGUACGCUGACCAUGUACUGUGAGAAAGGCAGUCUACAAGACAUUCUGGAAAAUGACAACAUCCAGCUGGACAGUAUAUUUAAGGAAUCGCUCAUCUUUGACUUGAUCAAUGGCAUGCUUUACUUACACAACUCCGCCCUCCGUUCCCAUGGCAACCUGAAAAGCUCCAACUGUGUGAUUGACAGCCGCUGGGUUCUGAAAGUCACGGAUUUCUACCCAACAGGAGUGGUGCCAAAGCGCAACGAUAACGCGGGAGAGUACGAGAUUUACAGAGCCAAACUGUGGACGGCGCCGGAAAUACUCAGGGCGCACGCACACGUUUGCCGAGGCUCACCACCAGGGGACGUCUUCUCGUUCUCCAUCAUCCUCCAGGAGAUCCUCUACAGAGCUUUACCCUAUUUUAUGGAGGAUUAUUCUCCCCGAGAAAUCGUUGAACUUGUGAAAUCGGUGAGGACAACGCCGUUCCGGCCCGAGUGUCCAUUAAGGGCAGAAAUUAAAUCCGAUUUCAUCCGCCUGAUGAAACAGUGCUGGGACGAAACCCCCUCCGCGAGACCCCCAUUUGCCGAGAUCAGAAAAACUCUGGAGAAAAUCAGCGAGAGAGGAAGAAUCAGUAUUAUGGACCGCAUCAUACAAAAACUGGAAUCGUACUCCAGCAAUCUGGAGGACAUUGUACGUGACAGAACCUUGGCGCUGAGAGAAGAAAAAGCGAAAACGGACUCGCUGUUAUACCAGAUGCUUCCCUCAAUUGUAGCGGACAAAUUAAAACAGGGAGAGUAUGUGUCGCCAAAAUUGUAUGAGGAAGCCACGGUUUACUUCUCCGACAUCGUGGGAUUCAUGGAAAUGGCGGCGGAGAGCUCGCCCAUGGAAGUGGUGGUCCUCUUGAAUGACCUCUACGAAAUGCUCGAUAACCUCUCAGCGACCUUUGACGUCUACAAGGUGGAGACGAUCGGAGACUCGUACAUGGUCGUCAGUGGGAUUCCGGUGAAAAAUGGCUCCCGACACGUGGCGGAAGUUGCCGACAUGUCGCUUCGGGUGUUGGAAUCGGCUCAGACGUUCGUUAUCCGCCAUCGCCGGGGAGAAAUCGUACAGCUCCGUGUUGGCUUCCACACCGGUGCUUGCUGUGCAGGUGUGGUAGGACUGGCCAUGCCUCGGUACUGUCUGUUCGGCGACACCGUCAACACGGCUUCCAGGAUGGAAUCCAACGGUCUUGCUUUAAAGAUCCACAUUAGUGAGCAAACCUACAAUGCUUUGUCAAAGUUCAAAGAUUAUCAAAUGACAAAGAGAGGUCAAAUAGCGAUCAAGGGGAAAGGAAUGCUCACAACCUAUUGGCUGGACGGAAAAGAGGGACUGGACGACAAAGGAAAGGAUCAUCAAAUUAAAACAAAUCUUACGUAACAACCUGGGCUUGUAAAAGCAAGAACGCUUUAUCUGAUUGGCUGAACGACUUGAGAUGUAACUUGAGGGAAACGUGAACUCAUUUCACAAUGACAUUGUUUUGAACAAGCUGAAGAGGACUCGUUGUGAGAGGCUACAGACAGGAGACCUUUAUCACUAUUGCCAACUGCAAGGAAAUGUGCUACCAUGAACCAUCAGGUCAUUGGUAUAUCCAUACUUUCUGGUGAUUGACAUAUAAGUGUAUGUUCUUUGCGAUUUACUAUCAAAUUAUGUGCAUUAUAAGUGUUAAGAAUUGUUUUGAAGAGUUUUGUCAUGCCACAUUGCCUUUGCUGAGAUAUAUAUUCGUCAUCGUCAUUUUUGUGUUUGACAUUUUUGCCGUUGUUGAUGACAUGUAUAACAUCGAAUAUAAACGUUAGUGUAUUAUACCCAAGCCAGUGUAGUACAGUUUAUGUAUUCAUUUAUUUAUUUACUAACUUGAUUGAUGAAUCACGAUUUUCUUACAAAUAUUGCACAUAUUAUAAAGUCAGACACGUUUGUAGGUGUAAGGACAAGGACAAAUCCAGGUGGGGAAUGGAGUUCGCGUCUAAACGUAAAAUUGUGUGAGUAGUUUUUAAGUCGGCAUGUAUGAAGAUAAUUACCAGAAUAUUUGCUCUUCUACCAAGAGAUCAAGAAAAUAAACCACUGGCAUUACAUUUGUCUUAGUAACCAACAGAUUUGCCGAUAUCACAAGUCGCUUUUCAGCAUCCUGUUUUGGUUCCAAUUUUCUUUACGCACUCCUCUGUUAAAAACAAUUUGUUGUAUUCAUCUGGUGUUUCAUUUAACCUGUUAUUUAAAUUUAUUUUUUAUUUUAAUUUACUGAUUUAAAUUAAAUUUAACGAGAUUUGAGUGAUUC